AUGGCGGCCGUGGCGGCGACUGCGGCGGUGCCGGGUGAUGGGGGAGCCGGCGAGGCCGAGCCCAUCCCGGGCACGGAGGCCGGCGCAGACGCUCUCCCCGUCGGCACUCAGGCUGCGGUAGAGUCGGCGGUGCUCGAAGCCAGGGAGGAGCCCGAGCCAGCGCCGGGUGGAGAGGCCGAGGAGCCGCCGCCGCCGCCACCCCGCAGCCCGGCGGGGACUCAAGACCUGCCGCAGGCCCAGCCCAGCCCGGAGCCCGUCGCGGAGACGCCGCAGCCCUGCCCGCUCACGGCGGCCUUCUCCGAGCUGCACGGCCCAGAGGAGAAGCCGCAGCCCUGCUUGCCGCUCUCGCCGCCGCCGCCUGCAGCCGGGGGCCCCGCGGGGCCGGAGCCCGGGGAGGAGCCGCCCCGGCCGGAGGAGGAGGAGCCGGAUGCCGCAGCCGGGGCGAAGCAGCCGGAGCUCUCGGGGACUGUGGACCCGGCAGCGGGGCCCGUGGCAGAGAGGGAGGCGGAGGACGAAGGGCCGCUGCUGCUGCCGGGCUCGGAGGUGCUGGUCACCCUGGACCACAUCAUCGAGGACGCGCUGGUGGUCUCCUUCCGCUUUGGGGAGAAGCUCUUCUCCGGGGUCCUCAUGGACCUCUCCAAAAGGUUUGGACCCCAUGGAAUUCCUGUGACCAUCUUUCCUAAAAGGGAGUAUAAGGAUAAACCUGAGGCAAUGCAGCUCCAAACUAAAUCAUUCCAUGAUGAGGCACAGGUGAAGUGUGAAGCCAAUGGUGUAGUCACAGACUCUUCUCCCAUCCAGCCAUCAGAACCUAACCUGGCUAAAAACCUAUGGACUUCCAAACCACCUCCCCUUUUCCAUGAGGGAGCACCCUAUCCUCCUCCUUUGUUUAUCAGGGACACAUAUAACCAGUCAAUACCUCAGCCUCCGCCUCGGAAAAUUAAACGGCCCAAGCGGAAAAUGUACAGGGAGGAACCCACCUCAAUUAUGAAUGCUAUCAAACUGCGACCUAGACAGGUCUUGUGUGACAAGUGUAAGAACAGUAUUGUUACAGAAAAAAAAGAAAUCAAAAAGAGCAGCAAUGCGGGCGACUCCUCAAAAUAUGAGGAUAGUAGAAAGCGAAGAAAUGAGAGCGUAACUACUGUGAAUAAAAAAAUCAAAACUGAUCAUAAAGUUGAUGGGAAAAGCCAAAAUGAAAGCCAGAAAAGGAAUUCUGUGGUCAAAGUUGCAAAUAUUGCCCACAGCAGGAGCAAAGUGGUUAAAGUUUCAACUCACACAAAUACGUCAAAAACGCAAUUAAAUACUAAGAAAGUUCUCCAGAGCAAAAACAUGGAUCAUGCAAAAGCUCGAGAAGUUUUGAAAAUAGCCAAAGAGAAGGCACAAAAGAAACAAAGUGCAACCUCCACUUCCAAAAAUGCACAUUCAAAGGUCCAUUUCACAAGGCGUCUUCAGAACACCAGCUCAGGUCCCCUGCCCCCACGGUUGCGCCUAAAGCCACAAAGGUACCGAAAUGAAGAAAACGACUCUUCUCUCAAGACAGGGCUUGAGAAAUUGCGGAGUGGCAAGCCCCAGUCUGGCUGCUCCUCAACCCGUUCAGCAGGUGAGGCCCCUUCAGAAAAUCAGAGCCCCUCAGAAGGCACAGAAGAGGCUAACAUUGAGGUUCAGGACACAAAUGAAAUGCAUGUACCUGUUGAUCAGGAUCAGGAUGAACAGCAGACACUGGGCAAGAGAGGCAGCAAAAGCAAUAUAACAGUUUACAUGACCCUUAAUAAAAAGAAAUCUGACUCUUCCAGUGCAUCAGUGUGUAGUAGUGAUAGCACAGAUGACUUGAAGUCCACCAACUCUGAGUGUAGUUCUACUGAAAGCUUUGAUUUUCCUCCAGGCAGCAUGCAUGCACCUUCUUCCUCCUCCUCCUCGUCCUCUUCAAAGGAAGAGAAAAAGCUGAGUAAUUCCUUGAAAAUGAAAGUCUUUUCAAAAAAUGUCUCUAAAUGUGUCACACCAGAUGGCAGGACCAUAUGUGUAGGAGACAUUGUUUGGGCCAAGAUAUAUGGCUUCCCAUGGUGGCCAGCCCGUAUUCUUACCAUUACUGUGAGCCGGAAAGAUAAUGGCCUUUUAGUACGACAGGAAGCGCGUAUUUCAUGGUUUGGGUCCCCAACAACAUCUUUCCUUGCUCUUUCACAGCUCUCCCCUUUUUUAGAAAACUUUCAGUCGCGAUUUAAUAAGAAGAGAAAAGGCCUUUACCGCAAGGCCAUUACAGAAGCAGCCAAAGCUGCUAAGCAGCUGACUCCUGAAGUCCGGGCCCUGCUGACACAGUUUGAAACAUGAACAUGAAAAGUAAGCUCAGAGACAUUAGUCACCUGUUUGUAUGGAUACUUGCAUGAAGAGGGUCACCUAACGAGGAAUACCUUACAUCUGAAAUGUCAUUUUCUUCUGCAACCUACGUUUGAGUAAUACACUGGGAGAGAACUUCGUUUCUAGAAAGAAAAGACAUCAUCCCCUUUUCCAGGACACCUGUACUUACUGUACAUUUACUUUGUAAUUUUGAAGUGUUAGAUAAUAUUUUAUAAACUGUUUUGCAAUAAAUAAGGCAUGAGCCAAGGAGCCUAUUCCAAAUGAACAUGGAAGGAACCACUUGAAUUACUUGUACGAAGCAUCACUAAGUGUACUCUUAUUCUUCAAAUGUGAUCAGUCUGAAUAGGCCCCAGCAAUGGAGUCAAGCAAGAUACCUGGAAAUUUGGCUGUAAACUUCUGGAUAUUUACUUUUCUUAACUUGUGUUUAUAUUUUACAUCUUAACAAACUUUAAUCUUUAGUGCAGGUGUAAGCAGCGCUGUAACCGAUUACUGGAAGCAUGUCCUAAUUCAGCUGUGAUGUCAAGGUCUGACAGUCCUGUUUUGAGAUCAAGGUUUCCCAUUUGAAAUGGUAGUAAUGGUGGUAAUAUUCAACUCCCUUGUCGUUCUUGAGUAGUUAUGGCAAAGGUGCUCCCUUGUGAAACUUUUUUUUUUAAAAUGCCUGUGGCCAAAACUGGGAAUCACUUUAAAAAAUGUCUUGGAAAAGGGUGUCUGCUUCUGAUUCUCUGGCAGAAUCCUCUUUAACGAGCAGGGACUUGCUAACAUGGGGGUGGUAGUUGGUGUGCAAAGUCAUGAAGUCCUUUUCUCUUUCUAAUAUAGGGACGUAUUGCACACAAGACACUGUACAACCCUGAGGGCUCCAAUUCAGUUAGUUUUUCAAUUCUAUUAGUAGUGCCUACUGAAAAUAACGGGAUGAAGUUUAAUCACAACCAGUUUGUUCUAUCAUUUCAAUGGUAUUUGCUCAUUACUAAUUUCAACCAGAUUAGGUUUUCCACAUUUCUAAAGAUUCAUGGUUUACAUUGACCCCCUCCAAGAUAAAGACGUUUUAACUCUUAUCAGUGAGCCUUGAGUAUUUAAUGGUGCAAUUUAAUUCCAUUUAUUUCAAUGGAAGUAACUUAUUCUUAAUUGUCACUAGAUUGUGCCCACUGUUAAAAUAGCUUCUUACUUUUUAAAAAUCUGUUGCUCAGUUUUGUUUCUAUUUAAUUUUCUUAAAGGCAGACAAAGGUUCAGCAGGUAGCCUGGCAGAGUAACAAACUCUGAAAUAAAAUAUAUGCACAAUCAAAAGACAGUGUCAAGUACUUUUGCAUAACAAACUUGUUAUUGGUCUUGUACGGCACAAACUACAGCAGACUAAACAGAAAAGAUCACUUUUCCAAAGUUACCCAUACCAGCAGAUACAAAUUAAUGUUUACUGCUUCAUAAUUCCCAUGCAUGUUGAAGUAAUUAUACCAAUCUUCCCCUUGGUAAAAGAUGUAUAUUUUUAAAUAGCAUUCUAAACACAGGAAAGAUGUAUUAAUUAUAUAUUACGAUGCAAUUCUAUAUUAAAAUUAGUAUUUAAAUAAAAACCCUUAUUUAUGAAAUGGAGAGUCCAUAGCAGUUUCUUUAAAAAUUACCUACAUGGUCAUCUUUAAUAGUCACCUCAACUGUGCCACUUUUCAUAAGACACUGCAGGUGAUUUUUGUAAAAGUGCAAAUACUAUGUAGUGCUCCCCUGCAGAUAAAACAAAGCAAAUGCUGUGGUUUUUCUAUACGAGGAUUAAAAAUAAAAUUUGAGGGAAGGUAGAAAAGAUGCUGCACAGAGUCAAUUAGUGCAGAAUGUUUUACCUGUAGAAACAACAUGCUGGUUUUAGAGCAUUUUCUUUAUUUAAGGGGGGAAGGGGUUCCUUCCAUUGUGAAAGAACAUAAAACUUGAGUGGUAACAAUGGCACAAAGUGAUAGUUUCUACUCAGGAAAAUUGUGUUGGUCUGUACUAAGGGUACAUAUCUGGACUGAGAGUGGGUGGAGCCAGUAGUGCCUGCAUAGACAUACUUUAAGCCAGUGCUCUUCUUCUCCUUCAAGAGUACCGACAUUGCCCAUUUUACACUUAACACCAUUGUGUCACAUGGGAAAGAAGCAGGUUUCUACUGAAAGAUGAAGUAAAAGGAGGGGACAUUUGAAAAAUAGACAAGAUGGCUAGUUUAUACUUGCUGUGAAGAAUCAAGGUAAACUGCAGCCAUCUUAUUUUUCAUUUUGAAAUGAUAUUGUCAGGGAAAUGUUAGUGGUAGAAGUAAUGUACUGCUUUUUACCUUUUUGCUUUAGUUGCUUAAUAUUUAAGCUUUGCUCCAUGCUACCGUUUGUCUGUAUACUAUAUUUCACUAUGCCUCCUUCAGUUGGUAGACUUGAAUGAGGAAAACUGAUUUACCUAUUAAGGUUUGCUUGAAAUUAAAUGUUUAAGGAUGUUGUGUA